GGAUCCUUCAAUAACGCCCUCUCAAUUAUCCACAAAACUCAAAAAUGAGCAAUUUGGCCCAAGCGCGACUUCACGAGGAGAGGAAGCAAUGGAGAAAAGACCAUCCAUUUGGCUUCUAUGCCAGGCCAACAAAGGCGGCUGAUGGAACCUUGAACAUUAUGAGUUGGGAAGUCGGAAUACCAGGGAAGGCUGGUACUGACUGGGAAGGCGGUAUGUACGUUGUCAAGAUGAACUUCCCGGACGAGUUCCCUACAAAGCCUCCAAAGUGCAAGUUCGACCCUCCCCUCUUCCAUCCCAAUGUCUAUCCCUCUGGAACAAUUUGUCUCUCCAUUUUGGACGAAGAAAAAUCUUGGAAACCCUCAAUCACCGUCAAGCAGAUCUGUCUUGGUAUCCAAGAUUUGCUCGAACACGCUAAUGUAAAUGAUCCUGCUCAGGUGGAGGCGUAUCACAUGUUCAAGAACGAUCGCACAUCCUAUGACAAGCGUAUCAGGCAGCAGGCUGUUGAGCGCCGACCCAAGUAGAGCGUUGUAAUCUUAGAGUGUCGUGUGGCUAGUUAUCCAGUAACCGUUGGCUGGCUAUUUAUAUUCCUCCUCUUGGGCUGUAGCAUCUGGGUAUGCAUCUUG